AUGACUGCGGUGUCGAUAUUACGUCUGCUCAGUAUUCAUAUCUAUCUAUCUAUUUAUCUAUCUAUCUAUCUGCUAAUUAGGGUAUUCAUAUCUAUCUAUCUAUCUAUCUAUCUAUCUAUCUAUCUAUCUAUCUAUCUAUUUGUCUGUCUGCCUGUUAAUCACUCUAUCCGCCUGUCUGUCUAUCUAUCUAUCUAUCUAAUUAGUCAUUUAUUUGGUAUUCAUAUCUAUCUAUCUAUCUAUCUAUCUAUCUAUCUAUCUAUCUAUCUAUCUAUCUGUCCGCCUGUCUGUCUGUCUGUCCAUCUAUCUAUCUAUCUAUCUAUCUAUCUAUCUAUCUAUCUAUCUAUCUAUCUAUCUGUCCGCCUGUCUGUCUGUCUGUCUGUCUGUCCAUCUAUCUAUCUAUCUAUCUAUCUAUCUAUCUAUCUAUCUAUCUAUCUAUCUAUCUAUCUAAUUUCUUUAUCUGUUACCAUGUCUCUUCAUAUCUAUCUAUCUAGCGUCCACUUUGUUUUCUGUCUUUUCCUCUAUCUCAAGGACACAAGUCAGGGGGUAGACAGAUAUGGGAAAAUGGGCGACUUUUAUCGAUAUACUCUCUCUCUCUCUCUCUAUCUCUCUAUCUCUCUCUCUCACUCUCUUUCUCUCUCUCUAUCUCUUUCUCUCUCUCUAUCUCUCUCUUUCUCCCUCUCUCUCUGUGUCUUUCUCUCUCUCUUUCUCCCUCUCUCUCUGUCUUUCUCUCUCUCUCUUUUUCUCUCUCUAUCUCUUUCUCUCUCUCUAACUCUCUCUCUCUCUCCCCCCACAUCACUGAAAUGA